ACGAAACUGAACUUUCUUUUUACAAAUUUCUUAGUUUAUAAAAAGAUAAUAUAAGAUUGCAUUAUGUCUAAUAUUCGAGAAGAAGUAGUUCAUACAGCACUUAAUAGAGCAUUUGCAUUAACAGAUGCUAAUAUUCAUAAUGAUAUACAUAAACAUUUUGAAUUUCAAAAACAAACACUUCUUGCUGAUAAAUCUCUUACAGAAGAUGAAAAAACUGAGGCAAUAAAACAAAUAAGUAAAACUUAUGAUGAAACUAAAGUUCAAUAUAAUUCAGGAACAAAAAGAAUUUGUGAGAAUUGUAAUCAAGAAUGUUUGGCUACAUUAUUUUGUGAAUAUUGUGUUCGAAAUUAUUUAAAAGCAAAUUUUUCAAAUUGGACGUCUGGAAAUGAUAAUAUUGACGAUUUAAUACAAAAAUGUCAAUCAGAAACAAUAAAAUAAUUGAAUGGAUACCAUAUAAUAAUUUACAAAAUAU